GGGAGCCUUUACGCAUAUCCGACGUAAAUGACGGUAAAAAUGGACCAUGAACGAAUUUGAUGCGCCGGUCAAUGGAAGUCGCGGUACGAACUGGUCACUGAAGGGGGCUGUUGGCGACACUUCCGGUUACGGCAUUGCCUUACUGGCUGCAUCGCAGAAUAUCUGGGUCUCCAUUGUCACCUGGUUCACGGUGUUUUCCUUCUGCGCGUCGCUCUCGCUUAAUCUUCUUAUCACCAUCGUCUUCCUCAAACAUCCCCACCUGCGCACAGCAUUCAAUGUCUACAUUUUCAAUCUGUGCGCCACCGAGGUGAUGAUCGCCGUAACGGCCAUGCCCAUGAAUUUCGUGUCGAAUAUCUACGGCUAUUGGCCAGGCGGUGCAUUUCUCUGUGGUCUACUGCAGUACAGUAAUUUGGUCAUCGGUGCCGCAUUGCGUUACGGACAUGUAUUGAUAAGUUGCAACCGGUUGUGGGCGGUGGGCAGUCCGAUAAUUUACAGGCAGCGCCAUACCUUCCGGGUGGCCACUGGCGUGGUUUUGACCGUGUGGAUGCUUCUGCAUUUCGUGCAGCUGCCGGUGGUGGUGACCGGACGCAUGACGGUUCGAGCGGCGGAUCCCCGGUGUAUACUGAAUACAGAUUCGCAAUACGAGAUGUCAUUGGCGGCUCACAUUCUGGGCUUUCUAUUCCCGGAAGCUUUUGUUGUCCUGACGUAUCCCUAUAUCCUCUAUAAAAUUCACAGACGAUAUUUGCUCAAACGAAAUCGGAUUAGUAACUUCUUACUAAACGGUGUCGGAAUUUUGGCGGGAGGAAACCGAAAAAUUAGUUCCGGCGGCAGUGAACAUCAUUCAUCGCAGGCCAACGAAACCAACACGCCUGUUGCCGGUAAUCGCGACAUGAACGCGAGAUCCCCGAGCAACGGUCGUUCUGCCAGUUCCCAGUUCGGUCGCAGUCCCGAUGUGUCCAGUCCCAGCUACUUCCCGCAUUUUGCCGCACGAGCCCCGGGUAACCAUGACCGUGUCAUGCUGUACCUGGUCGUAGCCAUCAUCAUUUGCUGGACACCCAAUCACGUCUUUUUCACCAUGCAGAGACUGUAUAAUUACUGGAAUCCCAUUUAUUUUGGGGUUCAGUACUGUAUUUUUUAUGCCAACUCCUGGAUUAAUCCCAUCAUUUGCUAUCUCACGCUACACAAAAUCAGGAUAGCGAUCAAUGGUCUCUUCAAACGUAAGAAAGCCGCUUAAACUGACGUCUCAAAUGGAACUUACAGGGAGAGGGCAUUAAACGCAGUUCCAACAACUGUGAAAAUCGUCCAGAAACAAUUAACUUCCAUUUUCUGUAACAAGAGUAAAUCCAUAAAGGCAUUACUGUCGAUAUCGAUGACGAUACUCUGCAUUGCAUGUGCAUGACAAGACACUAUAGCUAAUGGGAACUGGGAAGUAUUCUGUAUGUGCAUGAAAUAAACUGAUUCGGCCGUGUCAAACCGGUUUAUUCCACAA